UGGCAACAGUUUGUUUAUUCCGUUGAAUCUGCCCUUUACGUUGCGAUUGAGUUGAUUGAGUCAAGUUGUUUCGGUGGCUAUUUCGCGAAUUCUAAGCAAACACACAAUGGGUGUUAAACAUUUGGAUCAUUUCAUCCGCAACAAGGUGGAUAACGGUUGUUCCAAAGUAAACAUUGCUGAUGAAGUUCGGAAGUACCACAACAACGCAGCGGAUGCCACGUUGGAUCCUCCGCUUCCAGUGAUAGUCGUCGAUGUGUGGGCCUUGCUUGGCGAAUUGAUGGGAAUAGAUAGAGAAUCGUUGAUAUUCGGUGCGCGCUUUAAUGUAGGCUUCUGGAUUAUCGACGGUUUCCUGCGAAAGCUUAAAUCUCUUGAUGUGACGCUGGAGUUCUUCGUGGAUGGAAGUGUGCUGGACUUCAAGCUUGAUACAUGGUCCCAGCGUCGGGAUAGGGGAUAUCAGGAGAUGCUUGAGCUGAUCGAUGCUGUUGAUAUGGGCGAUGAUGUAGAAGCGAUUCUGGCAAACCACGAAGCUCCGUCUUGCUGCUACGCUAUAGAAUAUCUCGCCCGAAGGCACGGUAGAUUGACCGUUUCGUUGGAGAAGGAGUGUGAUCAAGAGCUGGCUGCGUUCGCUUGUAAAGCGAACGCUCUGGCUAUUAUUUCCAACGACUCCGAUUUUCUGAUUUACGAUGGUGAUUGGAAGUAUUGGUCAUCCAGGGAUCUCGACAUCACUAGUUUGGACACGCUGGAGUACAAUCGUAAGGCGUUGUUGAAGCAUUUGGGAUUAAAUUUUGCGCAAAUGCCGUUGUUCGCGACUCUUUGUGGUAACGAUAUUGUGGUGCUUGAAGAAUUGAAGCGAUUCCACUACAGACUUGGAAAAUACUCGGACAAGAUGAUAAACGUAGCCAGAUUCAUUCGUCAGGGGCCAAAAUCAGUAGAUGUGAGCAAAGUUGUGGAACAGGCGUUCGGACCGCGUAACGCGCAUGUGAAGGAUCGCUUCCAAACCAGCUUGGAUUUCUACAAAACGGACUAUUCCACAGUUACCAAUCACGAGGAAUCGCCUCAAAUGCGAGAGAUUUUCCUAAAGCAUCCCAACAAGUUCAUGUAUCAACUCUGGCACAAGAAGCCUUACACCGUUUCGUUUGGACCGGUUGAUAUGCGCAGGAUAGAAUUGGGAGAACGACUCCCCAAAUUCGCCCUCCGCAUUCACUUGCGUACAGCCGGGAUUGUUUUGUAUCACCGCGUUGAGCAUCGGAAGUCCUACACGCACCCAUUCGUCAUCAAACUUGAUCAUGAGCUCAAACACAAACUCCAACGCUUCUUUGUGGAAUUUCCACCCACUGAUGUACCACCUACUUUGCCGGAGCUUUUUUCUUCCGAUCCGGCUGUCGGGGAAAAUCUCCAUGAUCGAAAACUGCAACUAAUUAGCUGGAUCGUAUCCGAACGAUUAGACUACCGUCAACUUAAACCCAUAUUACGACCUUUGCUUCCGACUGUUAUCACUCUGUGCAAUUUGAUGGAGAACCACGUCCUCCAGCUGUUCGAGGCCGAUUUGCUGCUGCACGUGGCAUAUCAGGUGGUGACUGAUGACUAUGAUCCCGCAACGAUGGAAAUUCCUACCAAGGUGCAAAGCCGCCCGUUUCGGUUGGUGUUUUUCUAUCAGACCAUGUACCGACUCGUAGUUGAAGCGAUGGGUUGCAUUGGGUUGAACCUGCAGAAAUUCAGGGAAGAUCCCCCUUUCGACGGAGUGAUGUUUCACACGAAAUAUGAGGAGUGGGCUUCGUCAGAGGUGAAAACGACACCGAUUGCGCAAUGGCGAAUAUAUGCUCAUCAGUGUUGAUCAAGGAUGGUAAAAAUCGCCUCACCCUACAUUCAAUCAGCACUCACCCAUAAACAUAUUCCCGCUAUGAAACACACCGUUUGUGUCGCUCCAUACCAAGAGUCACACGUUCACGCGAAUGAAGGAGAUAAAACAAACAGAUGAACUUUUGCCUA